UAGGCCGGAGGGCGAGGAGAGAUUUUCUUCUGAUGCUGUCGAAAAUGGGUGUAAGUCAGAUGAAGAACCUCUCCUAAAGAAAAAUCCCCGUCGAUUUGUCAUUUUCCCAAUCCAGUAUCCUGACAUCUGGAAAAUGUACAAGAAAGCUCAAGCUUCCUUCUGGACAGCGGAAGAAGUUGACUUAUCAAAGGACCUUCCUCACUGGAACAAGCUGAAACCAGAAGAAAAAUACUUCAUUUCGCAUAUCUUGGCAUUUUUUGCAGCCAGUGAUGGAAUAGUGAAUGAAAAUCUGGUAGAGCGUUUUAGCCAAGAGGUGCAGGUUCCAGAGGCUCGCUGUUUCUACGGCUUCCAGAUACUAAUAGAAAAUGUUCACUCGGAGAUGUAUAGUUUGUUAAUAGACACUUACAUCAAGGACUCUGAGAAAAGGGAUUUUUUAUUCAACGCUGUUGAAACACUGCCUUGUGUCAAGAAGAAAGCAGACUGGGCACUGCGAUGGAUAAGAGACAGGGAAGCUACGUUCGGGGAGAGAGUGGUUGCUUUUGCUGCUGUUGAAGGGAUCUUCUUCUCUGGCUCUUUUGCAGCUAUAUUUUGGCUCAAGAAAAGAGGACUGAUGCCCGGGCUCACUUUCUCCAACGAACUCAUUAGCAGAGAUGAAGGUCUCCAUUGUGACUUUGCCUGCUUAAUGUUUCAGUAUUUAGUGAAUAAACCUUCUGAGGAAAGAGUCAAGGAAAUCAUUGUCAAUGCAGUUGAAAUUGAACAGGAAUUCUUAACAAAGGCCCUGCCGGUAGGCUUGAUUGGAAUGAAUUGUACUCUGAUGAAACAGUAUAUUGAGUUCGUGGCGGACAGGUUGCUUCUGGAGCUGGGCUUCUCCAAGGUCUUUCAAGCCGAAAACCCCUUUGACUUCAUGGAGAACAUUUCACUGGAAGGAAAAACCAAUUUCUUCGAGAAGAGGGUUGCAGAGUAUCAGCGAUUUGCAGUGAUGGCUGAAACGAACGAUAAUGUUUUCACUUUAGAUGCUGACUUCUAGUCUUGUGGGA